AUGAACGAAAGUAUUUACUUCAACAAUCACAACCAAAAUGAAAAUCGUACAAUUAAUAGUACUUCAUCAUUACCUUUAAAUGACAAUGAUUCAAAAUUAAUAGAAAAUGCACUUACAACUGCUCCAAAUACUACAAUACAAACAAAUCCAAUUAAUGAUGUUGAUUUUAGUAAUCUAAAUAACAUUAACACAAGUACUUCACAACUUUCAAAUAUUAGUGCUUCAACAACUAAAUCAAAAGGUUUAUCUAAAUUGUUUUCAAGAAAAAGAUCUUUAACUAAUAUAGCUGAUAAACCUUUUUCAGGAGCAAAUUAUAUUGAUGUAGAUUCACUAAGUUCAGAUCGUGCAAUUGAUUCCUCAACUACAACUCAAAGAAAACAUUCAUCAUUAAGAUUAAUUAAGAAGAAACAACAAUCAACUACUGAAACUAUAUUGAAACCAGAAACUUCAGACAAAAGUCCUUCUUUGCUGGGUAGUGUCAAAUCUAGAAAAAAUUCAAUUAAUUCUCCAGUUACUAGUAUUCUGAAUUUAUUUCAUAAAUCAUCCAGUUCCAAUAAAUUAGAUGGGAAAAAUAUUGAUGAUCAAUUAUAUUCUGGUCAACUGAGAACUGGUUUAUGUUUAUCCUCAAAUAAUUCAAAUUCAACUAUAACUAAUCCUCAACUGGCAAAGCUUUUUAAAUUUACAAAUCCUAAUUAUACCAAUGAUGAAUAUGAUGGAAUAACAGAUCAUAAAUCUUUUUUGGAUAUUCAUAAAAAAAUGUCAACCCCAGCUGAUCUGUAUAUUCAAAAUAAAUUAAAUAAACAUAAUCAACCAGAAUUAGGUUUAGGUAUUGUAACAGAUCUGGACAAUAAAAUUACAGAUAAAGAAGUUGAUAGAGCCCAUAGGCAAUUUAUGCUUUUAUUUAAACAUAUAUUUACACCAUCAACUCAAGGUCUAUUUGAUUAUGGUUUACAAUAUCCAAGUACUGGUUUUUCUUUAGAAGAGUUUGGAUUAGUGAUAAGAGAUCAUUUUAAAAAUUUAACAACUGGAAAAGAACUUGUAAAAGAAAUGAAUCCUAAAUCAAUCAAAUCUAAAUCUAAAAAUAAUAAGCUUAGUGUGAAACAUCACAAGCAAAACCAACAAAUGAAAGAACAGAAUGAAAUUGAAGAAGAAAACUUCACAAUAUUAAAAACUGAAGAGGUUAUUUAUGAAUUGCUGUCAAUGCUUAAUCAAGGUAUGCAAUAUUUAAAAUCAGAUAUGUCAAAAUUAAUUAAAUUAGAAAUACUUAAUAAAAAUAAAAAACAAAUUGUGAGUGAAACUGAAGAACUACAACAUGAGUGGAAUUUAUUGUCAAAAUCAUGGAUUUAUUAUAAUACAAAAAUUAGAUUCCAAUUACUUCAAAUAUUAACACCAUUAGAGUUUUAUUUAAACAAUCAUAAUGAAGAAGAUACUUUUCAAAGUGAUUCCAAUUUGCCAAAGUUUGAUGAAUUUUUAUUACAAUCAUUUUAUAUUACAUUUAUUGGUCCAUUUUUAAAUAAAAGAGAUUAUAAAUUAUUGAAUUUAGAAAAUACUGGACCUAAUUUUAAACUAUUAAACGAAAAUGAAUUAAAAUAUAUGAUUAAAAAUCCUAAAAUUAUUUGUACAAUAAUUGAAUGUUUUGGAGCUAUUCAAAGUAUUCAAUAUUCUUCAUUAAUUAAACCUGAAAAUGAAAAUUUAAAUCAUCUUCAUAUUUUAAAUUUAAUGAUAUCAGAAUUAUCAAAUAUUAAUGUUCAGUAA